AUGACGAACGUUCCGAAACCACGGCUAUGCCGAUUGAGAAAACGUGAUCCGACGGAAGAGUUUGGAUUUAAUUUACAUGCCGAAAAGAAUCGAGGCCAUUUUGUUGGAGCUGUUGAUAAAAAUGGUAUCGGUGAAAGGGCUGGUUUACAGAUGGGACAGAGAAUUGUGGGUGUUAAUGGUCAACUUAUUUAUCCAAGCACUGCUCACAAGGAAGUUGUGUCAUUAAUAAAGAAAAAUCCAUUGCGAACCGAACUGCUGGUUGCAUCAGAAGAAAUUGACCAGUGGUACACUGAAAACCAUAUGGAGUAUUCAUUUGGUCGGGUAGAUUUGUAUAAUUUCGAGAAUGGUUCUUCUGUAAGCUCUUUUUAA